UGUUGACCGGGGGACCAAAAACAGCACCCCGCUGACUUCCAGCCCUUGAGCGCUCUCGCUCGAUGCCAUGGCGGAGCGCAACAAGCUGGCAGCGCUCUCCUUGCCGCUGCUGCAGGGCCUCUGCCGCGCCAAAGGCAUCAAGGCGGAGAAGGGGGACUCCAAGGCGGAACUCCUUGCGCGCCUGGAGCGACCCUCGCGGAAGCGGCGACUGGUUGAGGAGGAGGCGCCCGCACCGCAGCUGAAGGCGGACGUCCCCGUGUCGCGGCCGGUGCAGAUGGUCUUCCAGUCCGCGGUGGAGGUGCAGAGCUUCCGGCUGCUGCGCUGCGCGUACUGCUCGGCCAUCUUCAACUUGGAGAAAACGCGCUACACUGGGGAUCCGAAGAGAUUCUGGUGCCCGUCCUGCCGCUUUCGCGCCAUGGACCCCUUCAACGAGGUCGGGACGGAUGGGGUGUUGCACUGCUCGCUGCUGGAGGGUGAGAUCUGCGAGCUGGUGCUGCACCUCCCGAAGCUCCAGGAGUGGCGGGAGGCGGGCGAGGCCAUCUGGGUGCGCAUGCUGCGGCUGGACAGCGAGGAGCUGGCGCAGGUCUGGCCCGAGGAGCUGGCGAUGGAGGCAGAGGGCAGCCAGCUCUUCCGCAUCGCUCCGCCGGAGAAGGGGCACCGGCGUCGGGACGUGCCGCAAGACAUCACCGCCUGGCUUCAAGCAGGGCCGAAUGCGCUGCGCCUGCGCUUCGUGAACGGCGGGGGCUUGGCGCUGGGCCUGGUGCGGGCGCGCGGCAAGGGGGUGAGGCGCCUGGUGCAGGAGGUGCCCAGGCAAGAGCCCUUAGCGGCGCGGGCGGCCCUUCUCACGCUGCUCCACGAUGAAGCGCAGGAUGGCAUCGAGUUCGUGGCCUCGCGGCAGCUGUCGCUGGUGUGCCCACUGGCCCUGGAGCGGGUGGAGCGGCCGGCGCGGGGCCGGAGGUGCCGACACCUGCGCUGCUUCGGGGUGGCGGCCUACUGCAGGAGCAACUACGGCAUGGCGGCUUUCAACAACCGCUGGAGCUGCCCGGUCUGCGGGUCCCGCGUGGGCCCGGAGGACCUGCUGGUGGACGGCUUUGUGGAGCAGAUCUUGCUGGAGACGGAGGCCGACUGUGAGGAGGCGGUUCUGGCUCCAGACGGCUCCUGGCGCCCGGCCGAAACUUCGCCGGACGACGAGAAACUUCGCGGCGAAAGUUCGCAGCAGCGCCGAGGGCGGGUGGCGCGGAUGGCUGGGACCAACGGCUACUACCACGCCGGCACGGAGAUCUGGUUCCCGUCAGGCGAUUACGAGGGCAACGUGAUGUGCCACUACCGGGAGUGUGUGCGGCCACCCCGCUCCGAGGAUAUGUCCUGCUCUGACGGGUUGACCUGGCCGCGGUCGGCGGUGGUCAUGGACCACCACCGUUACUGGGACGCCGGAACCUGA